AUGGCUUCAGCCGAGCGAUUUGCAUACGCUCCUAACCGUCAUCUAACGCCACCUUCUGCGACCAUUAGCCAGUUCCAAGAUUUCAAGGCUCGUCUCGGGAUCACUCAUUCUGUGCUCACUCAUGGGCUUUCUUAUGGGGAUGACUGCAGCUCAUUGAAAUCCUUCGUCGCCGAGCUAGGGCGCUCGUCUACGGUUGGAGUUGGCGUCAUCGACCCGGAGACGGUCACGCCGGAGGAAUUGGCAGCAAUGCAGGCAGCUGGGGUGAGAGGCAUCCGUGUCAAUUUGUACAAAUAUGGCGCGAUGCACGAUGUCGAAAGACAGAAGAUAGCCCUGCGUCAGCAUGCGCGAAUCCUGCGUCGAUAUUGUCCUCAUUGGAGCAUGGCAUUUACACACGUGCAUCCAGAAUUCUGGGGAGAUCUCAAGCCUGUUAUUGAAGGAGAGAUCUGUGCACCAGGUAUAAGGCUGAUUACCGAUCACUUUGCAUUGCUCAAGGGCGCCAGCAUGCUUCCUGGGACGCUGGCUAGCGCUCCAGCCGAUUAG